ACAUGUAAUCAAAGAGACAAAAUAUGGCUAAAAUUAUUAAAAUUGUUUAUUCUUUGAUCAUCUUGCUUUCUCUAAUUCUUAUCGUAAGCAGCGAGAGUACAACCACUACAUCGAGACAUUCAAUCACCAUUAUCACAAUUAAUUGCUGAUUACUCUUUUCUCUCUCAAUUAACGGUCAUCACAGCCUUCACGUUCCUUCCAUUUGCUUUUGAGAAAACUAUGGCUGCAACAAACCAAAAGGUUAGUAACCAUGUUCCUGAUGAUAUCGUCUUUUCUAUUUUUUCAAAACUACCUUUGAAAUCUGUGAAUAGGUUUACUUGUUUAGGCAAAUCUUGGUCUACUUUAUUUGAAAACCCUUAUUUCAUCAACAUGUUUUACAAAAAUAUUGUUUCCAAACAUCAUUCACUGUAUGAUGAAGCAUGUCUCCUUCUAAACUAUUUUGAUAGUACUGUGAAUCAAUGGAAGUUGUAUUUGCUUUUUGGUGAGAGAUAUGAGAACAAACUUCAAAUCAAGUUGCCACAUCCUUUUGACGGAAACCGUGGCUAUUAUCAGACCGUAAGUAUUUUAAGUUCCGGUAUUAAUGGCACUCUUUGCAUCUGUGAUAAUAACCGUGGGUUAACUAAUGCGUUAUGGAAUCCGGCUACUGGGGAAGUAAAAAUUAUUCCUCAAAAUAAGGCUCGCUUGUCUUAUGGAUUAGAAACUCAUUUUAAUAUUCAUGGAUUUGGUUAUGAUCAUGUUAGAGAUGAUUAUAAAGUCCUUCAGUAUGUUGUUUAUAUUGGAGAUGAUUGUUAUAGUGUUGCACCACCCGGCCCCUAUUGGGAAAUAUAUAGUCUACAGAGUAACCGUUGGAAGAAACUUUAUGUUGAUAUGCGGCAACGUUAUUUGACUUCGGAAGGUUCUAUGGUGUAUUUAAAUGGGGUUUGCCAUUGGUGGGGAAACACAUAUCUAAUGGGAAUACCAAGUGAAACAUUUGUGGUGUCUUUUAACCUGGCCAAUGAGGUGCCUGUUACCACUCUCUUUCCCUUUGAUUUACACGCUUUAAAACGGUUUGAUAGACACUUGACAAUGUUAAAUGGUUUUGUUGCUAUGAUCGUAACUUAUGAAAAGACCAGUCCUUCAUUCCACAUAUCAAUAUCAGUUUUGGGAGAACCUGGUGUCAAUGAAUCAUGGAUUAAGCUUUUCGAUGUUGGACCUAUGUCUGGCAUCGACCAUCCUAUCGGAACAGGGAAGAAGGGUGAUAUAUUUUUGAGAAAAGAUGAUGGUGAACUUGCUUGUCUUGAUUUAACUACCGGAGUAAUGGAGAACAUUGGUGCAAAAGCAGCAGAAUUCCGUUCUCAAAUAGUACUUUACAAGAAAAAUAUCAUUCCGAUCAGAGGAAUAAAGAAUUAGGUAUUUGUUGCCUAAGUUUAACGUUUUCGCUCUCAAGAUUUAUGAGCAUAGCUUCUUCAAUUUAUCAUUUUAUUAUCUAGUUUUAAGGUUUAAGUUAUCUUUAGUGUAAGAUAAAUAUUUCUAUGGCACAUUUUCAUUAUGUUGGUUUCUAUUUUAAUUAUAUUAUGCACGUGUUUUCUA